AUGGCUCUCGUCACUCGAACCGGAACCACGUGGCGCCUCCCUCAGCGGCGAGCUUCGGCGUCCCUUCUCCACAGCAGUUCCUCCCGCACGGUGGCUCCUACGAGUUACUGUGCGCCGCCGACGCCGGCGAAGUCCUCCCCCGUGGGGUUGUCGAAGCCGGCGGAAUUCGUGGUCUCGAAGGUGGAUGCGCUCAUGAACUGGGCCCGCGUGGGGUCAAUCUGGCCCAUGACGUUUGGGCUGGCCUGCUGCGCUGUGGAGAUGAUGCACACGGGUGCGGCCCGCUACGAUCUGGACCGCUUCGGAAUCAUCUUCAGGCCCAGCCCACGCCAGUCCGAUUGCAUGAUCGUCGCCGGCACUCUCACCAACAAGAUGGCCCCCGCACUUCGCAAGGUUUAUGAUCAAAUGCCAGAGCCAAGGUGGGUGAUAUCAAUGGGAAGUUGUGCUAAUGGAGGUGGAUACUACCACUAUUCAUACUCAGUUGUUAGAGGAUGUGACAGGAUUGUUCCUGUUGACAUAUAUAUCCCUGGUUGUCCUCCAACUGCUGAGGCUUUACUCUAUGGCCUCCUCCAGCUCCAGAAGAAGAUCCAUAGGCGCAAGGAUUUCCUCUGGUGGUGGACCAAGUGA